AUGGAGAACGAAUCUGGUUUCGCGUGGCCUUCCCCUGUCGAGCCACGUGGCGGCUUCGGGUUCGCCAAGGGCCAGCAGGCGAUGUCAACCGACGGCCCCUCAACGCUGGAGUGUCUGCUCGACGAGGCUUACCGUGCACCCGACACGUCCUGGCAGUCUUUCCCUGGUCACUUUUCUGGGGGGCAAACUCCCGCCGCUUUUCCCCCCUCAUCGGGUGAACUCUCUGGGUGGCCAGCUGAAAGCUUUCCCGCCCCUGAACCGUCCCCGUUUGAGGGCUUCCAGCCGUCUGCUUCGCCCGGAGGGAUCCCUCCCUGGACAAGCGCGCCGUUCCCCGGUCAGGGUGACUCGGUUACGGCGAUAACCCGCGCGUUUCCGGGGCAGCCGAUUGUGAUUAACCACUACCACUACCACAACGCUCAGUCUUUCGACCCCGCUCCCUCGUCCGGGCAUUACCUGGGUCAGCAACAAUCAGUCGGAGGGCACUCCCCGCCUCAAGUGCAGUCAUCUCCCCCGGGUUACUCCUCACCGGUUAGCGACAACCCCGCACCCCGGUACUACGGUUCUCUCCCAUCAGACGGGUAUCUAACCCGCCCCUUCAACCGGGCGGAAACCAUUCUUAACCCGGGUUACCCUCCAACCCGGUCGGUGUCGCACUCGAAGCCCCUGACGUUAUGUCCUGAGCUUGCGGCGACUGACUCCCCGGAAACCCAAACUAACUACCCGGGGUUUCCGUCCAACCGCCCACUAACCCAGGUGUUAUCACAGCCCCGACCCGAACGCUCCCAGUCCUUAACCGAACCGGUUCUGGCCGGGGCCCAUAAGCGCCCGGGAGGUGCGGAAGGCGAGCCGGGAAGGAAGCGCGCGCGCGCGCGCAGCGCUCCGCCUACAUGGUUUGAAUUGCCCGGUGAGGCCGAGUCCCCGGGUCAACUUAACCCGUUCCAGGAUGUCCCGUAUGGAAAGCGACCAGGGAGGGAAGUCAAGGAGCGCACCGUAGCAGUUUCCCGGCCGCCCCAUUUGUCUAAUUAUCUCCAGGGAGCGCUCAACCGGUUCGUGGCUGAUUCGUCGGGUAACCCGGGCGGCCAAGGGUUGGGGGGCCGCCGGCAAUAA